UCCUCCCACCGCCCCCCCGGGUGCGGUACUGCCCCCGUUGAGAACCAAUGGCCUAGACAAUGGCGUCCAAUGAUCCAAUAUAUCAAAUGCUACUGAGGGGUCCAAAAGGGCCCAUACUGAUCUGGGGGUAGAAGCAUGAGAGACUGUCUCAGUUGAGUGGCCUGCCUGAAAUCCUGAUCACGAUGACUGUUGGAAGCCAAAAGAAGAAUAUGGCGGGAUUUCCCUUCAGCGGUUGGGCUCUGGGCUUUGCUGGUGAACAACUCUGCUCUCGGAACACCUGCUUUGAUAUCUCUCUCUCCAAAGUUUUUCAUGGGGAACCCUGACGUGGCUCUCUUCCCCUUCUCUUCCUCAUGGUCUUCUCCCCCACCCCCCUUCUUUUCAGGAAAGGUGAAAGAGCUAAGCUAUGACCCAAAGGCCAAACUGCGGCGCCUGCAGGAGUUCUGGAUCAGCCGAGCCAGUGCCGAGCAACGCAAGGGCCGGGCAGGCCGGACUGGGCCAGGGGUCUGCUACCGUCUCUAUGCUGAAUCAGACUAUGACAAUUUUGCCCCCUAUCCAGUGCCAGAGAUCCAGCGGGUGGCGCUGGAUGCCUUGAUUUUACAGAUGAAGAGCAUGGGCCUGGGCGAUCCCCGAGUGUUCCCUUUCCUGGAGCCGCCCCCUCAGGCCAGCCUGGAAGCAGCGGUGGGCUACCUAAAGCAUCAGGGUGCCCUGGACUCGGCAGAGGGCCUCACACCGAUUGGGACUCUCCUGGCUGAGCUGCCAGUCGAUGUGGUGAUUGGGAAAAUGCUGGUGUUGGGGACACUCUUGGACCUGGCCGCCCCCACGCUCACCAUUGCAGCUGUCCUCAGCGUGCCCUCUCCCUUCCUGCGCAGGGGCGGUGGAUGCAGCAGCUUGGACUGGUUGGUUGCCCGGCAGAGUCUGGGGAGCCCGCUGGGAGACCCCCUGACUCUUCUCAACAUCUUCAAUGCCUGGGUUCAGGAGAAAGCUGCCAAUUGCAGUGGAUCCCACCGGUGGUGCCGGCGUCGGGGCCUGGAGGAGCAUCGGCUCUACGAGGCAGCCAAUCUGCGGCGCCAGUUUCAGGAGUUGCUCCGGGACCACAAGCUGCUGGGUCCUGCUGCUCAGACUAGCAGCUCAUAUGCUCGACAGAGGCGGCAUCGGGAACAUCGAGAACUGCGCAGACUCAAGCGGGAGCAUGAGCACAGGGGUGGGCGCCGGCGGAAGCUGUUGCGGCUGCAGGAGGAGGAAGAGGGAUCUGGCUUUUCAUCUGGAGAAGAAGAGAAGGGCAGUUCCUGCCUAGACAUCCAGGAUGUGAAGUUCCAGCUGCGGCAUGACAUGGAGGAGCUGCAGGCAGCUGCCUCUGAAGCCCAGGGGCUCUCGUCCAGCCAGCUGGCUCUCCUGCAGUUAGUGCUGGGCCGCGGCCUUUAUCCUCAGCUGGCUGUCCCAGACCCCUUCAAUGAGACCCGCAAGAAUUCGGAACAGAUCUUCCACACGAGAGAGAAAGCUGGUGUUGUCCUGCACCCCACCAGCGUGUUUGCUGAUGCCCCAGAGCUGCUGCAUUCGGACCCCAACCCUGGCAGAGACACAGGUGAGGGGGAAGCCCGAGGACAGCCACCUUUCAGGCGAGUCUGUCUCCAGGCGACCUCAAGACCUUUCCGUGCAGCUCUCUUGGUAGCAGCUUUCCUUUCCCUUCUUCCGGGAUCUUUUUUUCAGCUGUGUAAUCUAGUAUGCCCUGGCGGUUGGAAAUAAUUGUUCCUGUCUCGUUUUGAAGCCUGACUUUGAUAUGAAAUUGUGAUGUUAUGGAAGGAGGGGCAACCCACUUUUUCAACUCAGGAUUAUUUGGCAGAAGGAAUAAAUAAUUUUAUUGGAAAAGAAGCGUGGAGAGAAAAUGAACCUCAUGCAGUGCUUUCUUAUUUUAUUUAUAUUUCAAAUCUGGAUAC